AUUGACUGGAGUGGCUCACCGCCGAAAGAGUUUAAUUUUGCUCUUUGUGUUUGGGGUGCACUGUCUGUUUUGCGGACACACUUCGUAUUAUCACGUACACAUUUCAGUGUUUUGCGGUGUAUAGUAUCUCGUGCCCUGUACGUCUUUGUAUCCCGAAACGCGACAGGAAAUGGAAGACACGAGCAUUCCUCCUCACUCUACGGGAAAUGGGCAACCACACCAAAAUCCAGUUAAUCACACAAGGCCGUUUUUCUACGUUCAUCCACCUAAUCAGCAGUUUUACUACCACCACUGGCAAUUUACUAACCCGUAUGGGCACUAUGGCGCCAUUCCGGGAACAGGUGUUCCUUUUGGGCGGCCAUACGUUGCUCCCUAUCCUUACAUGACAUGUCCUGGCUACAUCAUGCCGCACGCUCCGAUGCGGCCCAUGGAUUACAGGAGAAUGUUUAACCCAAACACGUCGCCUGGCACGGCCUGCGAUGUUCGCUUCCACCCGCAGGCCCGCGCGUGUCGGGAGACGACCACCUCGGAGACGCAGACCGAGGCCAGGGACGCCGUGAGCAAGCUGAUGGUGCGGCUGGGCGGGCUCCGGGCGAGCGAGGAGGCCUCGGAGGAGAACGAGCAGGAUUCCGGGGUGGUGUCCCAGACCUCCGACAUGUUCCUGCAUUCCGGGCAGGGCCCGUCCCGCGAGGAACAGAGGGAGGACCCCGAGGCGGAGGUGUGUCCGGCUGCGGAAGCCACGCUGCGGGGCGAGCUGUCACCCCCGGCCGCCACACCACGCGGACUGUCGACCGUGACCCGGCAUGUUGCGGGUUCGAGCCCGGGCCAUGUGGAGGAGGUGAUCCGGCAGGGGGUCUGGUCUGUGGGGGUUGAUGAUGGGGUCCUACCUCUCGACAGCUCCUCCCAAUAUGAGGAGAGCGAAGGGGAGCCAAUGCCGGAUGAGUCCGUUAGUUUCCCCGCCCCCGAGAAGCAGCACCUAGCCACAGCCUGGUCCAACUGUCCCAAGAGCGACCAUGAAGAAAACAAAGGAAAUGGUGCAGCUGGAACCCAGCCUGUUUGCAAACCAGGAGGCCCACAGGCCUGUGGGGAAGUGACACCAGAAAGGCUGCCAUCAACCCACCCGGCCAAAGAUUCGGAGCCAAGAGGGAACGUUCCCUCACCUGAGAAGGCAGGUGUGACAGGCGUUCAGGAAGAGCCCGUCCUGAACACAGAGAACCUGCCGUACCGGAUCCUGCGUCUGCCGUGCGACGAGGUGACGACGGCGGGAGUGCUUCCGAGGGACGGCCCCCUGUGGCCCGGAGACGCCACGCCCUGCGCAGCCGCUGCGCUCCCUCGGGCCGGUUACCUGCCAUCGCUCGGAGACGGCUUCCUCUACAGCUACUACCCCCCUGUGGCUCCAGAGCGACAGAGCGUCCUCAGCCCCUCCCUGGACGAGCUGUCCUCCAGGGACGACAUGUUCUCCACGGACCUCGAGGACGUGGAGUCCGUCUCGGGGACAGCCUACGUCGGUGAGGGGGUGUCUGCCCAGGCGGCUGCGGGGGCUUCGGACCCCGGGGACGAAGACGAGGGGGGCCGGUGGGAGGAAGAGGAACGCCCCGCUCGUGAAACGAGGCUGUGUGUCGCUUGCGGGUCGUGCCUGAAUGGAGACUCCAGGAGGGGCAAAUCCAUGGGGAUGGGAACAUGGGCCUAUCCACAAAAUGACAAAGAGGUGGUUGAAGAAGACGAGGUAGAUGACGGAGACUGCGAUGGUUACGACGAUGAAGAUGACUUGCCGAAAGACGCUUGUGAGAGCUGGGAGGUGCCCGUCAGGAAGCUGCAUUGUCCUGUAAGGCACACGCAGUCCUCUUGCGUCCCAUGGCAGAAGCUAAAAAAUGCCUACAGCUGUGAACCAUUAGACCCGAGCGGUCUGGAGGAGCAGGAACAGAGCUACCCCAGAGGGCCACCGUGCUGUGAAGGGUACAAGGCUCCCACUAAACCAGACAAGUGCAAAGGGCCGAAUCUGAAUGGUACUCAGUCCAGGCCUCACUCAGACAAACCACAGGGAGGGGACAGAGUUGCCACAGGCCAGGAAAAUUGGGAGAGUUGUGGCAUCAAACCAAGACAAAAGUUCUGGAAACCAUAUCCCUCAUCAAGAGGGCGAGUGAGGCCCGCGCGCAGACGGGGGGGCUACAAGACGUUCGUGCCUCAGAGGUUCAGGAGGGACUACGAGGACGAGGAGGAGGAGGAGGAAUUAACGCGCUUCCAGAGGGGCAGAGGGUCCACUAAAAGAAGAGGCGCAAGAUACUAACCUAAAAAUUGCACUGCCUUAAUACUUAAAAAAACAUAUCUAAAAAAAAAAAAAAGCACUCUCUAUGAAAUUAACACAAAGCACAUUAUAAUAAAUGGACACACAUUGUUAGUUUUUGUACAGUGUUUGUGUAAAAAUAUAUUAAAAGAUACCAAGGCGGAUGGAACACCCCGUUACACGCUGCUCUUCCACUGCUUGACUGAAGCCGUGUUGGACUGCACGUCCGACCCGAUUAACCGCCCGGUGCCAUUUCUCUCCGGGUCACGCCCUGACGUACGCCCACCUGGCCCCGCCCGCUUGGGCCUGGGUCACGGAUCUUAGCGGCGCCAGGACGUGGCCUGCGGACGCCGAAGCCCGGGCGGGGGCUGUGUUCUCGGGCAGUGCAAGUGCAGCUGGAGGGAGGGGGCCGCUUCGAUUGGCUCUGGCCAGCCAGCCGGAGUCUGAAGUGUCUCGUUUUUAUUAUGGUGCAGAUCUUUUAAACACCGCAGUGUAAUAUUUGACAUGGAUGAGUAGCGCACACCUGCACAGUGUUGUCAUUAAAAUCUUUGCAUUGCAAUUAA